AUGAGAUCCCAAUGUCCCACUGCUUUACAAAGUGCAUUUUCAACCGGACUUCCUGUUGUCUUGUAUACAAUUCCAAGGAGGCCCCUGUGGACAAUCGCCUUACCUUCCGCCUCAUCUCGGAAUCGAUGUUACGACGGACUCGCAGAGCACCCACGGCUUGUUCAUGGUGUCAUCACCGCAAGGUACGUUGUGAUGCAUCAAUCUCCGGUUCCCCUUGUACUCGCUGCCGCCAAGAUUGUCGAACGGACUGUGUUCUGCGACGGAAUCUCCCAAAGCACAAGAUCAAUAUCAAAGCCUCCUCACGAAUUCACGUCUCCCGAAGAACUACCAACUGGUCUUACCCCACACGAUGGACCACACGACGGAGUGGAAUAUUUCGCUCAAGCUCAAGUUGGGCAGCUAGAUCACUCAUACCACUUCACCGGCACUGAAAAUCCGCCUUCUGAACAGGCUUCUAUAUCUGCCCACGUCGCCAUUAUCGAUAUCGAUAGGCACGGCUUCUUGUGCACUCAAAACCUGAAAUGCUUACCAUCAGAAGACAUUAACUACCUCUUCAUAAAAGGCUCUUUGAAUAUACCGAGCCAUCACACGACGAAGAAGCUUCUAGAGAAUUAUUUUAAAAAAAUUCACCCUAUGCUUCCAGUACUUGAUGAAGCGCAAUUCUGGCGUGCCUUUGGGGGGGAUUCAACGGAGAAAAUAUCUUUACUAGUCUUCCAGGCUCUCGUUUUUGCCAUAUCCCCGUUUGUGAGCCUUGAUGCUUUAUAUGAAUGUGGGUUUGUUGACAAGCGGGACGCGCGGAAACAGCUGUACAACAGAGCAAAGCUACUGUUUGAUCUCAAAGUCGAGAUGAAGCCAUCGGCAAAGGCGCAGGGAGCUAUUUUACUUACACAUCAUACUUCGGCCAUUGCACCUUUAGCAGGAAGCCUAUGGCUGACGAGCUGUAUUGAGAAUGCCAUGCUCAUUGAUGCUCAACCAUCCCUUGUGGAGGAUCAUGUCAGUGAUUCUAUGAAAAAGAGAUUGUGGUGGUCGAUAUUACUCAGGGACAGGAGCCUAUGCAUUGGUCUCCGUCGACGUCCGCAAGUGACCUCAAUUAACCUUCAUGGCUGUCGAGAUUGGCUCCGAGAGCAUGAUUUCGAGGACGAGAUGCACCAUUCAGAAGUUUACGACUACCAUACGAAGUCGAUAUUUCUGUCGGCCCUUCAAGAGCAAUGCACAUUGGCAAUUCUUUUGACAGACCUCGUUACAUUGAUUUUCAGCCCUCGAUUGACCCCUACGGCGUCAUACAGCAAGGAAGAAUUUGAAAGCCAAAUGGUCACCUUAAACAAGAUCAAAGAUUCGUUAGUUCAAUGGCACUCUCAAGCAAAAUAUCCUCCAGAUCCCAGAGACAAUCGAUGUCCCCAUCCAUCCGCUGCACUAAAAAAUAUGACAUUCAUGUAUUACCACGCGGCUAGAGUAGAUCUCGCUCAAUAUGUGGCUCUUUUAAUAGAAGAGUAUCCGGCCCUUCCAUCCCACAGGUAUCAGCAGGCACUGAUGAGCGUUGGAAGAGAUCUUAAGGGUGGGAUAGAUGGAUUGUCACGAAUUAUGGAAUAUUUCAGUCUUACUGGCCAUGUGGAUAAUCUGCCUCUGAGCGUUCUCGCGUAUGUGGGGAUGCCACUCGUUUUAGCCGCCAUAGACUUGAAACUUUCACCCUCACGAGCCGAAACAGCAUCUAGGCAAAGGCGAUUGGAUUCCUUGAAAAAGAUCAUUCGACAUUCAGAAAGCUUAUAUGAUGUGACGGACUUUGUUGCAGCUGGAACCAAUCAUAUCCUCCAGCUAGCGUAUUUGACUACCCAGAACUUCUUUCUUCCCACAGACGUUUCGUCGACAAAGCGCAAAACGGGUGAGAUAUAUGACUCUUUGGGAUGUGAUAACGUGCACAGAAGUAAUAUUUUCAAGCACUGGCUUUCACCUGACCAAAGCAGAGCCAGGAAUUGGCUAGACGCCUUCAUUCUAUGCCCUCGUGCUUAUCUUCUGAUUUCGACAUCUGUGGACUACAGCCUCUCUGUGGGCCGCCUACCAUACGAGAACUCUCUCCCAGAGCUUGUGCGAGGAAUUUCAUAUCAAUCUUCAAUGUCUCGUCUCCCGUGGUCAUUGAACGACAAGUCACACACAUUUUCACCACAAUCGCGGGGGAAUGAAGGGUUGGACUCUAUGGACCCAAGAUCAAUUAUAUCGGAUGAUAAUCAUUCAUGGGCAGGCAAAUCUGCCAUGAAGUCAAGCGAUGAGGAAUUAACUCUUGGAAAUGAAUCAUCCAUUGAAGAGCUCAAUACUGGGCACCAGAUCAAUCCUCUAAAGCGAAGCAGCCAUGAAGCGCACGAUAUGCCAUCAAUCCCGGUGAAUCUUGACUUCUUUGAGAUUGGACCUGACCCAAAACCCCACUCAAUGGUCCGAAGAACUUCAAUGUGGGCUCUGCCAGAGAUUGAAGACACAUAUGGCCUCUCGUUCGAUGCGUCCCAACUUUUAUCAUGUCAGCCAUAUGACGACAAUGGAGAUACAAUAGAUGUCGCAGGCGGAAUGGAUGACUUCGAUUGGAUAUCGUUUCGUUCUUUGUUUCAGGGUCAAUCUGAUAGUGAAAGUUAUGUGCAGUGGUCAUGA